UAACCCUAAUUUUCAACAAAGAAAUAAUAAUAAUAAUAAUCAACAGAAACAGCAGCAAUAUAUGGAGAGAAAUAGUUCAGUGGGACAUCAUCAACAAGAGCAGCAUUUUCAAAACCAACAGCAACAACAGUGGAUGAGAAGGAAUCAGUUAGAUAGUGCUAUUGAUGAGGUUGAAAAGACUGUCCAAUCUGAAACAAUUGAUGGAAGGUAGAAGGAGAGCAAGAGGACACUGUGCUGGAACACAAUCCCAGCAUGCAUAUGGUGGAUUGUUUGGAUUUUGGAAGGAAAGGAAGUUAAGGAACAACAGAUGUUUUGAAGUGAAAUCAACUCUUUCCAACAACUGCAUACCUUUGUUUUCGUUUUGGUGUAAAGGGGAAUUUGUAAAUGAAGCAGGAUCAAUACCUAGCCUCUUCGAAUCUAUUUCACAAGAUUGGAAGGCUAGCUUGAAGAUACCACCACUUGAUAGUCGAUACAGGACUGAGGAUGUGACAGCAACUAAGGGAAACGAUUUUGAAGACUAUUUUCUAAAGCGUGAACUGCUUAUGGGAAUUUACGAAAAGGGGUUUGAGAGACCAUCACCAAUCCAGGAGGAGAGUAUUCCAAUUGCUCUAACAGGAAGUGAUAUUUUGGCAAGGGCCAAGAAUGGAACUGGGAAGACUGCUGCCUUCUGCAUUCCUGCAUUGGAAAAGAUUGAUCAGGACAACAAUGUCAUUCAAGCUGUUAUCCUUGUCCCAACUCGAGAAUUGGCUCUUCAAACAUCUCAAGUUUGCAAAGAACUCGCGAAGAACUUAAAAAUUCAAGUCAUGGUUUCCACCGGCGGGACCAGCUUAAAAGACGACAUAAUGAGACUAUAUCAGCCUGUACAUUUGCUUGUUGGAACUCCUGGAAGAAUACUUGACCUUGCAGGUAAAGGAGUGUGUGUUUUGAAAGAUUGCUCCAUGCUUGUCAUGGAUGAGGCUGAUAAGCUUCUAUCACCGGAGUUCCUACCUUCCAUUGAGCAGCUGAUCCGUUUCAUGCCUGCAAAUCGUCAGAUACUAAUGUUUUCUGCUACAUUCCCUGUUACAGUCAAGGACUUCAAAGAUAGAUACUUGCAGAAGCCUUAUGUUAUCAACCUUAUGGACGAACUUACACUCAAGGGUAUUACCCAGUUUUAUGCUUUUGUUGAAGAAAGACAGAAGCUUCACUGUCUGAACACUCUGUUCUCUAAGCUUCAAAUAAACCAAUCAAUAAUUUUCUGCAACUCUGUAAAUCGCGUAGAACUUCUUGCCAAGAAGAUAACGGAGCUGGGUUAUUCGUGCUUCUAUAUCCAUGCAAAGAUGCUCCAAGAUCAUAGGAACAGGGUUUUUCAUGACUUCCGCAAUGGUGCAUGCAGGAACCUUGUCUGUACUGAUUUGUUUACUAGAGGGAUAGACAUUCAAGCAGUCAAUGUUGUUAUCAACUUUGAUUUCCCAAAGAACUCAGAAACAUAUUUACACAGGGUUGGGCGGUCUGGGAGAUUUGGCCACCUUGGUUUAGCUGUCAACCUAAUUACUUUUGAGGAUCGCUUCAAUCUGUAUAGAAUUGAACAAGAGCUAGGAACCGAGAUUAAGCAAAUUCCGCCACAUAUAGACCAGGCUAUAUAUUGCGGGUAAUGAAUCAUCUUCAUGGUCGAUACGAUUCUGGAUGGUUGGGGGCUGCUACGUGUUUCAUUUACUGAGAUAGAUGCCCUUGAGCUAAAAUUGAACAUCUUGGUACAUAUAGUUACUAUUAAAAUGGUCCAUGGCCAUAAAUGUGAUAGCCAAUGGCUUGUGCCUAGUGAUGUGGUUGUCGGAGUUGGCUAGUUUUGGUUAUCAGUUUCCAAGUGACAAUUCAAUAUUGAUGAGGUUAGAAGGCAAAUGGUUGUGUGUAAUAUUCACGUUUUAGGAUGUGUUUGGUAUGGAGGUUUUCUAAUUUUCCGUA